UUCUGUUGGUACAAACGUAUAUCCUCCCAGAAGAGGGAAAUAUGGUGGAGUGCCCUUAGACAUUGUAAUGUCAUUGUUGUAGUCCUUCAAAGAAUUUCCUGUUGUUCCUACAAGUUAUGCUUGUGUAGGAGGCCAACCACACACAAACAGCUAUUUGAUGUGUCUGCAGAUACAUUUAGGCUAUUGUUACCUAUAAAACCUAUUAGAUGUAUCGGUCCUCUGAUUCAGAGUGAAUCUGCUCUGUAGUUUCCUGCCUUGUGUGCAGAAAGUAUGCUUUCGUUGUCACUCUCGCUUCCGUACGCCCUACGCACCCACCACUUGAUGCAACUCUGAGCUCACGUUGUGGUAAUGGCCAGUGGAAAAAAAAAUGUGUUUACUCAUUCAAUCACUUUCCACAGUUUUCCAAUAUCUCAAACGUGGUUUUCCUGUGUCCUGAUGGACAAAUAUAUAGCCAUCACCUGUGUAUUGGUGGAUGCAGACAAGGGUGAGAGAAUCCUGAAGCUGACUGAAGUAAUAAAGGAAUUAAAAGCGCUAAACAGAACUGUGACGCACAACAGUGUGAUGUCGAACGCUCCUUCAAUGGAUACGGAAGAGUGCUGUUCCCAGUCUGCCUUGAAGUGCUUCCGGGCGAUGGUACCUCAUCUCAAGGCCAAAAAUAAGACCCUUCAGCGUAAAGUUAUCAAAAACCUCAACAACCGAAUGAUUUUGGGAAGUCUGGACUCCUGCAGUCAGGAGGAGAGAGAGAAAACAGUCUGCCAAGGAUGUGAUUCAUAUCCAAAGGACAGCCAGAAAUGUGUACAACAGUUGGAAUCUCUGCUUCAAAAGGCCAUCAGUAGACUGGCGUGAGGAAAAGAUUGGGGGGGGGGUAAACAUGGGAGAAGACAUGGGAAUGUGUAGAAGACACUACUCUGUGAACACAUCAGAGGCAUGGCCAUUACCGUCACCUUACUAUUCUAUUUAUGUCAUAUUUAUUUAUGAAAUGGUGUUAUCCUACUCAAGCUAAAGAAUGUUCUUUUUUUUUUUUUUAUUACCACAAGACAGCCUUUUUUGGUGCCCUAUAGUGCAAGAAGAUGUCCAUGCAGUUUAUCAUUUGAUUGUUCAUAUUUCUUUAUUUAUUCACAUGAACAUGUUUGUAUGUUUGUAUACUAUUCACAUUGUUAGUUGUGAAUAUCUCACCCAUUACUCCAUACUAUGCAUCUUAUUAAAUCAAAAAUAAGUGUCUCACAAUGAGAUUAAAUC